GCAGUGGGCGGACUGCUGCUGAGACGCUCCCCCUGACACUCCUGAGAACAGUCGCUCCAGUCUCCGAUGGAGCUCCUGACAUAACAGACGGAACGCAGGACCACGGCCCCAUGAAAGCGCUCGUUUUACAUGUGGUUCUCCUGUAACUGUGGGAGGAGUUUUCAUGGCGUGAGAGCUGCUCAAAGACCACCAUAGGGAGCAAGAAUGAAAAUAAGAUGCGCCCACUACAUUCAUAGAGUGAGACACAGGUGCUUCCUGCUUUCUCUAUCUCUGCUGUUGGUCUGUCUACUCAAGCUGGUCUACAUUAAAGGGACAGUGAGAGGCAGCGUCUACAUUGAGCCAUAUGGAAUUACUGUCAGCUUGUCCAGAAUCCAGAAUCACAGGUAUGAUGUCAACUGCACUGCAAUCUAUGAGCUUGACCCUGUGGAGAUAGGCAAAGCUCAUGUGAUAAAACGGAAGGCCAUUUUUGACAUGGAUGAUGAUAGCAUGGUCAGUUUGACCUCAGACUGCCAAACAUUUAUCAAAACAAGGGGUUACAAUGCAGUUCCAGUGUUGGAUGCAGAGCGGAGUUUCCCAUUGGCUUACACUCUUGUGGUGCACAAGAAUGCACCUAUGGUGGAGCGCAUUCUUCAUGCUAUCUAUGCACCUCAUAACAUCUACUGCAUUCACUAUGAUCAGAAGUCAUCUCCAGCAUUUAUAAAAGCCAUUAUAAACCUGGCUCAGUGUAUUCCACAUGUGUUCAUUGCAUCCAAAGUAGAGUCUGUGGAAUAUGCGCACAUCUCCAGACUCAAUGCUGACCUCAACUGUCUCUCAGACUUGCUGAGGUCAGAAGUCAAGUGGAACUAUGUCAUCAAUCUGUGUGGUCAGGACUUUCCUCUCAAGUCAAACUAUGAACUGGUUUUAGAGCUGAAGCAGCUGAAUGGCAGCAACAUGCUGGAGUCCAGUCGUCCCAGUGAACUCAAGAAACAGCGCUUCAGCUUUCAGCAUGAGCUGAAAAGUGUGCCUUAUGAGUACCAUCGUAUUCCUGUCAAAACCGCAGUGGCCAAAGAUGUUCCUCCUCACGGCAUCGAGGUGUUCAUCGGGAGUGCAUAUUUUGUUCUGUCAUGGGAUUUUGUGAAUUACAUUAGCAGCAGCCAGGUAGCGAAGGACUUUCUGGCGUGGUCUGCUGACACAUACUCACCAGAUGAACACUUCUGGGCCACUCUUGUCAGGGUGCCUGGGGUACCAGGACACAUUCCCAGAUCAGAAGCAGACAUUACAGAUUUGAGAAGUAAGACCAGACUAGUCAAAUGGAAUUAUUUAGAAGGAGUCCUUUACCCAGCCUGCACAGGUACACACAUGCGCAGUGUUUGUAUCUAUGGAGCUGCUGAACUUCGCUGGCUCCUUAACUAUGGCCACUGGUUUGCUAACAAAUUUGAUCCCAAAGUGGACCCAAUCCUGAUUAAGUGCUUGGAGGAAAAGCUGAUGGAAAAACGACAGUAUGCGCAAAAAUAGUACUGAGAGGAAGAGGAAGUGGAGCAAGGAGACAGUACUUUCAUAAUUUAUUAUGUUAUUAGCAAAGGUGCAACAUUACAGAAACAGAAAAAAAUGUGCAUCUAUAAUUAGUACAUUACACAAACAGUUACUCCUGGGAUGCAGGAAGUUUACUUGACUGUUGCCAUUUUUUCAGUUGUGUAUUUCAUCAGAAGACAGUGAACUUGUGUGUGACAUUUAUCUGAUGGUGUCUCAUCAGAUCAGGAUUUCUCAACCAAACAGAUGAUCAGGACAUAAAAUGUGGAUAGUAAUUUAUAUAACUGUAUACUAUAAGAUGCACGAUUGGAACCAGUAGCAACAUGACAACACUGAAUUAACAAUGCAACAGUAAUUUAACACAACAAAAUCUAUUCUUUUACUUUUGUUUAAAAGGUACAUUAUGCUAAUAUUAAAUUUACUACCUGGAACUUUACCUUUAAUUAAUUUACUUUAUAAUAUGGUAUUGGUAAGGGAUUUGAAUAUGCUUUCAACUGUUGCUUAUCACUGUCACUCUUAACUUUUCAAGGUAUUUAAUUAGCAACAGAAUGAAAAAAGUGCCUCUGUUUUAACAUAAUAAUAGCUUAUUUCAACAAGUGUCAUUCUGGAAACAAGCCCGUUGGCCAUCACAUCCAAAAAAGUACAAAGUCGAAAGAAAGGAGUAGACAUGCUCACUAACCAUGUUAUUCUCAUGUGUUCUGCAAGUUAUACUCCAACAAGGACUAUUUAAAAAGUAUGAUUUGUGUGUGUGUGCGUGUGUGUGUGUGUUUUGUUUGUUUUGUUUUUUGCUGUAAAGACAGCAAUUGAUUAAAGCCUUUGAUCUCUGGUGAUCGUUUUUCUGGAUAAAAGUGACUCUUCUUAUUUAUAGUUCUUAUGAAUUGAUAAUAAAUUGUACAUCACACCUCUGAACAACCUUUGCCUUAUUAAAGAGUCAUGAAUGAA